AUGGCAGGAAUCAAUUCAUGGCCCUCAAGGAAGUUAUCAUAUGCAGGGAGAGCUCAACUAGUUCAAACCGUUUUAUUUGGAGUCCAGUCAUACUGGGCACAACUUUUCAUCAUACCUGCAAAGGUUAUCAAGUUGAUUGGGGGGUUGUGUAGAAGCUACUUAUGGUCUGGUGUAGGACAUAUUACUAAAAAAGCUCUUGUAGCUUGGGAUAAAGUUUGCAGUCCUAAAUCGAUGGGUGGCAUGAGAUUAAUUAAUAUGCAACUGUGGAACAAGGCAACAACGGCCAAACUAAGUUGGGAUCUAGCUCAUAAGGAAGAUAAACUGUGGAUAAAAUGGGUCCAUAACUUCUACAUAAAGGGGAAAAAUCCAUGGCCUGAGUCCAAACAAGCUAGUUGGAUGAUCAGGAAAACUAUUAAUGGGGAACAACAGAGGACUGAUUGGAAAUGCCUUAUGUUCAAGAAUGCUGGAAGACCAAAAGCUUAUUUCAUCACGUGGCUCAUGCUUCAUGAGAAGUUGCCAACUACAGACAUGCUAACAAAGUGGGGGAUGGUAGUAUCAAAGAGGUUAUGGAGCAGAUUGCUAAAAUGGGUGCACCAGCUUGACAUGCUGCCUACUAAUUGGGAUCAAUUUAUGCACUGGAGUAUACAACAUGCAAAAGGGAAGACUAUUUCAGCUCACAUCUUCAAGAUCAUUAUGGCGGAAUGUGUGUAUGGAAUAUGGAUUGAGAGAAAUAAUAGAAUAUUUGUGCAGAAGAGCAGAACAAUAGGUUCUGUAGAAAGUGUGGCCAAAGAGAUAGCUUACGUAUCUAUUAUUAGAUCCCAGUCUAAUAUAAAAGUUGUUCUAGAUUUAGUCUGA